AUGCGGCCUGGGGGAGCCCCGGGGAUCCCGGCGCCUGGGCGUGCCUUCGGGGAGGGGGGCCCCUUCCUGCUCCUGAGAGGUGGAGACUGGGCCUUGGAGGAGGGCAGGGACCGGGAAGGGGGCCGACUAGCGCCUGACCUCCGGAUGGCCUGCACCCCCAAUGGGCUGCGCCCCCGACGGGCAUGCACCGACGAUCUCAUGCAUCCCCUGAUGGGCUGCACCCCCAAGCAGCUGCGCCUCCAACAGGCCGGCCUCAUGAGGGGCUGUGUCCCCAACAGGCUGCACCCACAAUGGGCUGAGUGCUUUGUGGAGUCCAAGGCUUACAGGCGCUCUGACAGGCUCCCGCACUGUGCUGGCUGCCCGCUGCGGUGUGAGGUGCAGGAGGUGGUGGACGUCUGGGGAAACUCCGAUACCCCCAGGUCUCUGGAAAGGGAGGCUGCUCCACUGACCUGUGUGAAUAAGUCUCUGUCCCUGACUUGGGGGCUGAGGGCCAGUGGCAGCAGGAGUUUCAGGGAGGCCAGGAUGCAGGCGGCGACAGCUGAUGCGGGCGGGGGCGGGGGCACGGUCCACUCUCAGGACCGCACUCCCUUCAUCCUCACGCGUGGAUUUCCUUUUAUCUUUGAGUCCCAGGAGGGAGAACCUGUUGAGGCUGGCUCUGGCAGUGAAGGGACCCAGACGUGGGGCGCACAGAAUCUGGGCGGGCCGCAACAGGCGUGCGGGGGCGGCAUCUGCCUCGUGACCCCACGCAGUUACCAGCAGCAGCCUGAGCUGGUUCCCGGGCUGGGGGUCCACCUGGUCUGCUCAGAAGGGAGGAGCCAGCUCUGCAGGCCUGGGGUGGGGGGCGCUGGCAGCACAGGGUACGGGGGCCCUUCCACCCUGCAGCACUGGCACCUCUCGGCUGCAGAGGUGAACAGGCAGUGUUGGCACUGGAGGGGACAGAUGAACCCCAAGUUCCUGCUGGGGGAGAAGCCCCAGACGUCCCAGUGCGACCACCCUGGCCCCUUCUCGACCCUCUGGGCUGCUCUUGUGUUAAGAGCCUCCCCAAGUGUGUCCUGCCAGCAUGGGGCUGCCUGCUCUGGGACGAGGCCAGGCUGGACCUGGCCUGGUAGUGGCUUCAUCCUGUGUCUGCACGGCCUCAGCCCGACCAGGGACCUCGGCCAGCUGGACAAUGAGAGUUCUGGCUUCCUCUGCAGGCUGGCUCUGCAGGGCCUGGGCAUGGGGACCUGGGGCCCCAGGGAAGUCUCUCCCGUCUCCAGAGUGGUCUACAACGGCAGGAGGAACAGCAGCCCCCGGUCUCCAACCAACAGCAGUGAGAUCUUCACCCCGGCCCACGAGGAGAAUGUCCGCUUCAUCUACGAAGCCUGGCAGGGUGUGGAGCGAGACCUGCGGAACCAGAUGUCAGGCAGCGAGCGGGGCCUGGUGGAGGAGUACGUGGAAAAAGUCCCCAACCCCAGCCUGAAGACCUUCAAACCCAUUGACCUGAGCGACCUGCGACGCCGGAGCACGCAGGACGCCAAGAAGUCCUGA